GCGGUUAUUCAGUAUAAGCACUUGACCUGCAACCACCAUCCUUUCGCAGUACAAGGUAUCACUUUCUUUGGUGCAGACAGCAUUCCUCAUGGCUCCUGGAACGUCCUCAAUGACUGUGAAACGAAUUCACCGCGAAGUAGCUGACGUGAAGAAGGAAGAUUUAGGUGCCAUCACUCUCGCGCCGUCCGCUGACAACCUGUUUCAUUGGAAGGGAUCCAUUCCAGGUCCACAAGGCAGCCCAUACGAAGGAGGCGUCUUCAAUGUGGACGUGUAUCUCACUCCUGACUACCCAUUCUCUGCUCCAAAAGUUACGUUGACCACUCGCAUAUAUCAUAUGAACAUAUCCGACAGAGGAAACAUAUGUAUUGAUAUCCUGAAACACAACUGGUCGCCUGCACUGUCGCUAUUCAAAGUAAUGUUAUCACUUUCGUCACUUCUUACAGACCCAAAUCCUCAGGAUCCACUGGUUCCUUCCAUUGCAACCGAGUUUAUACGCAAUAGAGAAAUGCACGAUCGCACUGCACGGCGCUGGACCGAAUUAUAUGCACUUCCUCCUCCCAUAGUCGCUACAUCUUCGUCCAGUACCUCACCAUCAACCUCGACGACAGCAGGUAGCAAACUCAAAGGCAAGGAAAAGGCGCCUUCAAUUACCCGUUCUUCAACUUCAAGGAUCAGUACCAGCGCCAGCGCCACACAAGCCGAAACGAUUACACUAUCAGAUUCAGAAGACGACGCCCCCGUUUCGUCGACGACUAGUUCCUCUCGCUUAUCGGGGAAGAAACGAAAACGAAACGUAGAAGUGGUAGAUAUAGACCUUGUGGGUGAUGAGGUUAGGAAUCCAAAACGCCGGGUGGGAGGAAGUGGAGGAGGGAUUUCUGGGAGGGAGGCUCAGGGUACUGGGGAAGUGAUUGUCAUCGAAGAUUGAUUUGGCAUUGGAACAUUAUGUGUUCGGGCAUAGAGCAUAAAUAUCGGCCAUAAUUAGGGCUAGGGCUAGCUUGGCUUUCUGUCAGCGACGGAACUUUGCAGGGGAAUAAGUUAUUUUGUUGUAUGCAAAAUGUUAGCGAUGAGUU